GAUUAUAACCCCCGCAGCUCACUCGAACUCACCCAUACAUUUCACAAUUUGCCGCUGAGUGCACCACUGCAGCUCGAGAAAAACGUGCGAGAUAUUUCACGGGGUUUGAAGAAACAGCCAUGGCCAACUACAUUCACGUCCCGGACGAGGCUCCCGCGGUGCCUAAAAUAGACGUGACAGUGGACGAAGGCGACUACAGAGCCGGCGCGCUGAGGCUGAUCAAGGAGCUGAGACCGAGCUGGAAGCCGUCUGAGGUCAAAAUAAAGUUCUUCACAGAUGGGAUCACCAACAAGCUGCUUGGUUGCUACGUGGGCCCGGUCAUGGAGGAUGUGGUUCUGGUCCGUAUUUACGGCAAUAAAACAGAACUGUUGGUCGACCGGGAAAACGAGGUGAAAAGUUUCAGGGUACUGCACGCACACCGUUGCGCCCCGCGCCUCUAUUGUACCUUCAACAACGGCCUGUGUUACGAAUUUCUGCAAGGAACCGCCCUGGAGCCAGAGCAUAUUCGCAGCCAGCCUGUCUUCAGGCUCAUUGCCAGGCAGCUUGCUAAGUACCAUGCCAUACAUGCUCACAAUGGGUGGGUCCCCCAGUCUGACUUGUGGCUGAAGAUGGGCAAGUACUUUGCUCUCAUCCCCAAGUACUUCAAGGACCCUGAGCAGAAUGCCAGGUUGAGCCUGGAGGUUCCCAGCCAGCGCUGCCUCCGAGAAGAGCUGGUGUGGCUGCAGCAGAACCUGUCGUCGCUGGGCUCCCCUGUGGUUCUGUGCCACAACGACCUCCUCUGCAAAAACAUCAUCUACAACCAGGAAGCUGGCAAUGUAAAGUUCAUUGACUACGAGUACGCUGGGUACAAUUACCAGGCCUAUGACAUUGGGAACCAUUUCAACGAGUUUGCUGGCUUGAAUGAAGUGGACUACAGUAACUACCCACAGCGGGCCUUUCAGCUUGAGUGGCUCCGCUCCUACCUGGAGGCCUACAAGGAGCACAAAGGUCAGAGCGGCGCAGUCACGGACAGGGACGUGGAGGUCCUGUACGUACAGGUCAACCAGUUUGCUCUGGCGUCGCAUUUCUUCUGGGGACUCUGGGCUCUCAUUCAGGCCAAAUUCUCCACCAUUGACUUUGACUUCUUGGGAUACGCGGUCCUGCGCUUCAACCAGUAUUUCAAGAUGAAGCCGGAAGUGACCGCCAUGAACCUUCCCGAAUAAAAGCCGCCUCAUCUCUUCCUCCAGCUUUCCCUUCCAUCCCGCUCUGCUUCUCAGUCCACGAUCACAGAGCGCUCUCCAGAGGCUCGUCCAGCGAGGAGCCACGCCGAGAGUCGCGCUCAGCUGCCACAGUUCCCAUCUGUAAAGACUGGAGGGGGUCCUCAAGUUGUAAUCCAUCAGUUGCAGACACAGCUUUGUUAACCAGGAUGCAGCCCCAGUAUGUGAUGUGGGUGUGUGUGUGUGUGUGAAGGACCGACAAUGUGAAGCUCAUUUCAGAUAUUAACAUUAUAUAAGCAUAUUUUAUUCGUCAGUAGCUGAAAUCACAAUAGACUGCGAGGCGGAUGCUGAACGUCAUCUCAUUUAGAACAAACGCGUCGCGGCCGCCGCCAUGUUUCAGAGGCCGAUUGCCUGGAGACGCCUUCCUGGAGCCUCGACGUAACGCAGAAUUCAACACAGAGCUCGCUUUGUAUGCUUAGACAGCAAAAUGUGGGGGGGAAAAUGACAAGCCGGAACAGAAAGUCCUGUCUCUCGGUCUCGUCUGACUCGAGCCAAGUCGCUCAGAAACAGACUUGUGGCCUGCCUUGUGACCGUCUUGUUUUCCACCCUUAUUUCCCCCCCCCCUGCGGGCGCUCUGCAUGUCGCCGUGCUCGGGCGGCGUUGCCGGAAUAGCCAUGUAGCUCACGCCGUUUCACUGGAUGAGGGCUUCUGGAAACGCGGCGUUGCACUCGCACCUCUUCUUGUUUACGUCUGUCCUCUUCCCUCGGAGCACUGAGAAAGCAGUUUUCACUGUAAUGUAGGUUUCAUUGUUUCUCUGGAUUUUACUCGAAACGGUGACUGAAGAGGAAAACGUGCGCGCCACUGAAAGUUGAACAUUCCACGUUCAUAGCAUUUGGGAGGUAAACAGGAAGUUUCGGGGCAUUUCAUUCACUGUGACUUUGACCUUCAGCCGCACUUUUCUGCUUCAUCAUGACCACUGUAAAUAUAAUCAAACACUACCACCCCCCCUCCCCACCCCCCCAGGACCCACAGCCGACCUUCAAAUCCACUGUCAGAUCCAGACGGUGGUGUUCUGUACACCGUUCAGAGCGCUCAGUGUUCCAUUAGUGGUCUGUAGAAAAGUGCAGUUUUAGUGAUUACGCAAGUAAUUACCUCUACUUUGGCUCCACCUGCUGGACAAAACUAAUUUAACCCCAGUAAUUGCACUCCAUAUAUUCACCUCAUACUUUCAUGUGAAGUAGUUUAAAGAGAAGGAGCAGAAACGAACGGCUUCAUCUCGUUUUUCUGUUAACAAGCCAACACCAAAGUGCUGACAUGUGUUUUUUGCUCGUACGUUGUGCACACUGUAUCAUUUUCUAGCUCCUAGAGAAAACUAAAUGUGACUUUUUUUUUUAUACUUGAUUUAAAUGGAGAUGUUGAGAUGGAGGUCUUUGAGAGCAUAUGGAUAUAUGUAAUGUGUUUUUUUUUUUAAAGUGCAGCGACAGCCAUUUUAAAGAAUCGAUCAAUUUCAACAAAUGUGGUAAAGCAAAAAAUCUUUGUUUACGACAAGACGAAAAGAUUGCAAAGCUUUGAGAGGCUGUCGUGUCUCGUGCACAGACUAGAGGAGUAGGUGAGUUAACGUGCCUCUCAUUUUGUCUUUAUGGGUGGAAGUUAGUCUGUUAGUUUUCUCCUGUCUGCUCUUCGUGCAGUUUGAUUUGGACCUAAUAUGAGUUUGAAAUGUCAAUUUAAGUGUGAAAGUCUUACAGAAAUGUGUACUUGACGGUGAAUUGCUUUGGUAAAGUUUAGUCGGGGAGAUAUUUGGGAAAGAUUUUCUGGUGCGUGAGCGGUGGAACUGUCAGAUCACGUUUACAUGACAUAAAUAAAUUUAAAAAAAAAAAACAAACUUUCAUUUAUUCUAAAUCCUUAGAAAUAUUCAAAACUAUAAACCGUAUUUCCUGUAUGUGUGGGGAAAAUGGAAUUCAUUAUCUAGUGUUUCAUGUUAACCCAGGAUGGUUGUUCUGAAAGAAAGUCUGUCUUCAAAUGUUUGAGCGCUGUAGCAUAUGUUUAUAUGUACAGUAAAGACAUUGUAAUGAUAUCUUCGCUUGUUCUCAUGUGAAUUAAUGUACAUAGAGGGAGUUCUUUUAUUUCUUGUUUUCUAAAAGUGGCAUUAAGUAAAUGAUUGCCUUGUAUAGGAACUAAAAUUUAAAAAAAAAAUGUAAAUAUACUUUAAAAAAAUAAAGUCUAUUUACUCAUA